AUGUCGCAGUGCACCGUCCUAGGGUUCUCGUCUUUGCCGAAGCUGAAGAACUAUUCCGCGGGCGCGCGCAUCCCGCUCAGCAAGGACCCGAUAGACGACAAGCCAAGUCCGAAAGGGAGGGCAGCUGUCACCAUGCACCGCACCGCAACCCCCAUCAUGCCAUGCUGCCGGGUCUUACGGCUGGCCAAGGGCGAUGAUACCUAG